AUGGCAACAGCCAACCUGUUAGAGAUGUACAAGGCCUUUACAGGUGGAGACACGAUGAUGGACGGCCGGCAGUUCGCGAAACUCUGUCGGGAUUGCAACAUCGUCGAUAAGAAAGGCCUCAGCGUGAAUGAUACUGACAUUGUUUUCGCCAAAGUACGGUCCCGUGGGGAACGCAAAAUAAACUUUGGGCAAUUCUUGGAAGCUAUAGGGGAGGUGUGGCGCAAUGGUGGGCCUCGGUCUGUCGAUAGUGGCCGUCCGAGCCAACAAGCAAUAGGGAAGACUUCAACUGCUGGAGUAACCAAGAGGGCCACUGGUAGCACAUCAACGCCUGCUGGCAAAGUGAGUGGCCCAAGGCGUCUAGCCGGAGCAUCUGUUCCCCCUCUCCAGGGUCGUGGCCCGGAGAGGUUCUUCUAUGACACGUCGACUUACACUGGGGUCCAUAAGGCUGGUGGCCCUGAGACUAUUGACAACCACGACAAGGGUUUGGUCGAAGUGGGAAGUCCGUAG